CCUUACAAAAAAAAUGCAGCAGUCAGAGAGGACAGGAAGGGGUUAAUUUUGUGUCUUUGCUCUAAAGGGGCAGAGACAGCAUUUUCUUUUCACACAUGCAUGUCACCAUUCCUGUGAAAGCUUGUUGGACCCAAGAAUACUGAACAACAGGGAUGCAGUUGACUUUGCUGGUGUUAUUGGCACUGGGAACAUCGCUGGUGUGGGCUGAUGCUACCACAGAGGAAGCAAAGCCCAUGGAGGACUCCACUGCCUGCUCGAAGAGUUGCUCCUGUCUUAUUGAUGACUACACUUCAGAACUCAUUGUCUACUGCAGUUCACGAAACCUUACACAGGCUCCUGCUGACGUCCCUGCAUCUACACGUACUUUAUGGCUAGACGGAAACCUGUUUACUUCCCUUUCAGCUGACACGUUUAAAAAUCUGAGCAAUUUGGACUUUCUGAAUCUACAAAGCGGCCAUCUGUCAAGCCUCGACUCUCAGGUGUUCAGAGGCCUCCAUACACUCGCUCAUCUACACCUAGAGCGAAACAAUCUCCGCACAUUACCUGCUACCAUUUUUCAGAACACCCCUGGCCUUGCUUCUCUCAAUCUUCACAACAACCAACUGUCUCGCAUAGAUGAAAGGUUAUUUGCAGGUCUCUCUCAUAUGUGGCUACUGAACCUUGGCUGGAACUCCCUUGCGGUUCUUCCCGAGACGGGAUUUCAUGACCUGCAUGGUUUACGGGAGUUGGUGCUUGCUGGGAAUCGCUUGGCUUAUCUACAGGCUCAGCUAUUCCAGGGUCUUGCAGAGCUAAAGGAGUUGGACCUAAGUGGAAACUAUCUAAGAGUUAUCAAGGCCAACGUGUUUCUGAAACUUGCAAAGCUGCAAAAGCUUUACCUUACCCAAAAUCAGAUUGUGACGGUGGCACCUAGAGCAUUUGUGGGCUUGAAGUCUUUGAGGUGGUUGGAUCUAAGUAGAAAUCGUCUUUCUGUCAUCCAUGAUGAAACAUUCCUUGGUCUACACAGCUUACAUGUACUUCGCCUGUCAAACAACUCAAUAAGCAGCCUAAAGCCAGGUACAUUUCGAGAUCUGCAGUAUCUUGAAGAACUCUGUCUAUGCCACAACCAGAUUAGAGCUCUAGGAGAGAGAGUUUUUGAAGGACUGAACCAUCUGGAGGUGCUUAACUUAGAAUACAAUAGGCUACAAGAGGCACGAGCAGGAAGCUUCAUGGGCCUUAGCCACUUGGCGGUGAUCAAGCUCACUGGUAGCUGUAUCCACAAUCUUCCAGACCAAGUAUUUAAGGGCCUGUCAAAGUUACACAGCAUUCAUCUUGACAAAGGCUGUUUGACCAAAAUAUCCACCCAAGGUUUUGCUGGUCUGACAGGCCUUCGACGACUUUUCCUUCAACACAACAAUAUCUCUGUGAUGGAGCGUCAGAGUUUUUUGGAGCUCCAAGGGCUGCAACAGCUUGACCUGAGAUACAACAAACUGUCAUCACUCUCGUCCCACACCUUCUACGGAUUAAAGAAUCUUGAUUACCUUCUGCUAUCCAACAAUUUCCUCCGCCACAUUCCUUCAGAAGUACUUAUGCCAAUGCAGCACCUAUCUUGGCUGGACCUUUCUGGAAAUAAGCUGGAAAUUCUACUUAAUUCAACAUUACAUAUGCUGCCACUUUUGCGGUACCUCAACCUGCAGGACAAUUUGCUGACCACACUUCCACCUUCCAUUCCAGAUCGCUUAGACCAGCUCUGGCUAUCAGGUAAUAAGUGGAAAUGUGACUGUAGUGCUAAAGCGUUCAAGGAUUUCAGCUUGCAGAAGCCAUACGUGAUUCCACGGCAGGUGGAGACCUUGGCAGAGGGUGAAGAACCCCAUACACUUAUUACAAUCUAUAACAACAUCACAUGCACCAGCCCACCCAGUCUUGCUGGACUGGACCUGCGAGAUGUCAGCAGUGAACAGUUUUGCUGAAGGUUUUCAACCUAGCUUCUACAAGCAUGACAAAUUAUUAUUUAAUUGUGAACAUUCAAUAUUUCUGUUUGUGCCUUCAGUGUCGUCGUAUAUAUACACCACAAAUUCUUGCUGUUUAGCCAUAUUUUGCUCAGAAUGCAUUUAAUUUAAUCAACAACAGCAAUCUAUCUCAAUACCAUAUCUUACCAGUGACUUGAAUGAUUAAGGAUCCUAAUAUUUUGAUUCCAAACUAUCACAAUACUUGCUUUCCUAUUGGAUGUUAUUUGUUAUAAAUGCCACAUAAAAUAAUAAAUAAU